AUGGUAUUGUUGGGAUUUAAUGGACCUAGGUAUUUAAACCUAACCUUAGUGUUUCUCACGCACCAUUUCUCACGCCCCUUCCUCAAAUUCGCCGACUCCACGCUUCGCACGGGAUCUGCGACGGAGCUCUCUACCGAGGAUCGCAACUCCGGCCAAGCAGCUCCUCACGUCGGCGAGCUUGAAGGGAACGGCGAGGAGACUAUCGACCAUCACAUCGGCGACGGGACAACGCAAAGGCGAGGAAGGCGACCCAAGGAAAGGGAGGUGAGGAUGACUUCCAGGUUAUGCCGGAAGACCUUCGGACGGAGUAGACGAGGAGGCGGGAUGGACGCAUGGUUUUGUCCGUUGUCCGGGAGUGCAGAGCCUACUGGGUUUACUGCGAGAGAUUUUUCAUUUCUUUAUCAUUCGGGUGAGGAUGACUUCCAGGUUAUGCCGGAAGACCUUCGGACGGAGUAGACGAGGAGGCGGGAUGGACGCAUGGUUUUGUCCGUUGUCCGGGAGUGCAGAGCCUACUGGGUUUAUUGCGAGAGAUUUUUCAUUUCUUUAUCAUUCGGGUGGGAAAUGUUUGAGGAGUUUUUGUUCAUCUUGAUAAACCUAGUUUGAUGCUAUCGUGCCCAUUGGUUAUGAUAACUUCUUUGAUAGUACUGCCUUAUGAUCA